AUGAACAAUACCACUAUUGAUGCCGCCACUGAAACAGGUCGCGUCGACUUCAUCGGCGUUAUUUAUUGUAUCAUUGCAGUGCUCGGUAUCAUUGGUAACUCUCUAGUCUGUGUCAUAUUUGGACGAAAUCGCAAGAAAUUCCACUCAUUGACUCAUUAUUUUAUUCGUCACCAAUCUUUCAUUGAUCUCAUCAGCUCGUGUGUGUUUCUUGUGACGCAAAUUGUAUAUGUACAUAACCCAGGCGUACUUGGCGGGGUGGUCGGUGUACUGUACUGCAAAAUGUGGUAUUCGCGGGCUCUGCUAUGGGGGUUUAUGACGACAUCUAGUGCCAAUUUAGUUGUCUUGACGAUCGAGAGGUACAUCAGCGUAGCCCAUCCAGUUUUUCAUCGCAACAAAUUCACUGUCAAUAAGGCAAUUCUUGUAAUGGUGCUAGCUUGGGUGUACGGUCACUUCCCCCAUGUAGUUUACGGAACAUGGUCUUUUAACAGCAGCGACGGUGAAUGCGUUGCUAUGAAAACAACCCGUGCCUUCCGAGUCUACACCGGCAUCACGUUCUUCGUCUGUCUGUAUCUGCUGCCAAUCGUCACCAUGACUAUAUGCUACAUCAAAAUAUGGAUGGUAUUGCGAGUGAAAACCAAUCCUAGUGACGAACAUGUCGACAACAGGACGAAAAAGAUGGAAAGAAUUCGAAGAAAUGUUAUCAAAAUGUUACUGAUUGUUGUCAUCUCGUUUGUGAUAUGUUGGUCGCCGAAUAUAUUCUAUGUUAGUGUGUUCCAUCUUAUUUUGGACAACUACGUGGACUUUGAGAGCGAAUUCUACAAAUUCACCGCUAUGAUUACUUUUUGUAACAUGUGUAUUAAUCCUUUUAUUUAUGCCGCGAAGUACGAGGAGUUCCAAAAAGAGUUGAAAUUUUGUUGUAGAAAUCAUAACAUCCUGACCAAUAGCGUGAGCAUGUAA